AUGGAUUCAAAGGGCCGGAGCGGGAAGGGUAAUUUGCUCGGGCGGGGAAAUGUUUUGAUGAGCGGGGCUAGUUUAAAUAGCAAUCAGCAUCCUUACGGACGUCGCCAUGUGAACAGCGCGGGCGGUGUGUUGACUAACGCCUUUGUUGCAUCACCGGCUUCACUUUACAGCACCCCUCAACCUCUUGACCCGUUCUGUCAACACUUGCCGGACGCCUUUCCCUCCACCCCGUACACGCCCGUGGGCCAAUUGUUUAUGUCUGCUUCUGUGAGGAGUGCAGGACCGAAUGCCUCCUUGUUGAUGCAUUCCACGACACGCAGCAUCACUCCCGUAACAAGCUCAAAGUUCUCCCACUACACGACAAUAUACAACAUUGAGAAUAUGCCGGCGCCGAGUGUAAUGAAUUCGAAACUAAUGACGCAAAUGUAUCAAACAACAGCUCGUUAUACAGGAAAAGAAAUUGCCUUGCGCCGUCUUGUGAUGACCACCGCAACUGCAGAAGAGUGCAGUGCCGUUAAUGAACGCUUUCGACACUACCGACAUCCCAACUUGGUUCCAUUAACGGGUGUAAUUCUCACAGAUGAGUUUGUUAUGGGUAGCAAAGAUGUCAUUAUGGAAUAUAAGUUCAUUUCAGGCGCAAAAAGUCUUCAUGAAGAGUUCUUUCUUAGUGGAAGAGCAACGGAGGGUCUGUUGUGGUCCUUUGCCUGUCAGAUGGUUGGCCUCCUGCGUGCUUUUCACGAAACCUCUGUUCCGUUGCGUGGACUUCACUGGUCAAAAAUUUUGUACGUCUCUGUGACGGGGAGAUUUUACUUUAGUGGAAUAGGGCUUGUUGAUCUGCAGGAGCCGAAGAACUCCAGCCCUAGUAUAGCGGUGAUGAUGAAGCAAGACAUUCAAGCGCUAGGGAUUAUGCUUUUUCAGCUAUCCACGCGCAAUCUGGCCGCACGGGUUGAUGAUACUUUGAAUCAGCCGAUGCCUGGAUUUUCAAAAACGUUUUGGACACUUGUGAAGGCAUGUCUGGAGGGCGCCCCCGACAUUCGAGACCUGUGCUGCGCUUUGGGAGAACGAAUGUCAAUGGAGGUGGCACACCAAGAAGGACAUGCGGAUUAUUUGGUCACUCAGUGUGCAAAGGAGAUACACAAUGGCCGUCUUAUGCGACUGAUGGUGAAACUUAAUUUUGUGUUAGAGUCUCUAAAUGAUGUGCCGGAACACAGCACGGAGGCACACAAUCGCUACGCACUGCGGCUUUUCAGUCAGUACGUUUUUAACCAGGUUGAUGAAAAUCAUCGAAUUCGUUUAGACUGGGGUCACGUAUUUCACUCUUUAAACAAAUUGGAUUGUGGCUCGGAAGAGCUGGUGCAGCUUAUUGGCAAUGACGACGGGAACACAAUCUUAGUCAUCUCUUAUCAUGACCUUAGAGCCUCACUUGAAAGCGCGUUUGAACAGUUGCAGCUUUCAGCGAGCGAAGCCGAUAUUCAAUCGCUCAGUGUGACGGUCGGGACCACACCGACC